UGCGGCGGCACGGGAUGAGGCCACCCGCUUCCCCGGGCAGCUCCGGGGACGGGCGCAGCCCAGGGCUCCGGCCCCCCGUGCUUGGCCCCCCACGCCCCACCGGACCCUGAGCCAUGGUCAGCCGGGAGCCCCUUCCCGGCCCGGCCCCCGCCGGCGAGGGCAGCCAGGAGAAAGCCAUGACGGUGCGCUCAGUGCUGCUCAACCGCGACUCGCCCGACAUCGAGAGCCGCCUCAAGCGCCGGCGCAACCGCACGCAGCAGGUCCGCUUCAAGGACCUGGUGGAGGGCGGCGCGGGGCCCGCGGCCGCCCCCGGCCCCAACACCCCUCGUGCCUCGCCGCCCCCCAGGGACGCCCCUGAGCCGGUGGCUCUCUGUGCCUCGCGGCGGAGCUGGCCCCAGGCCCAGCCGGGCUCGCUGACGCUGCCCAUGCCCAGGAAGGCGUGCAUGAGCACCGCCAUCCAGACCUCCCCCAGCCUCCAGAAGCCCUUCUCGGCCGCCCAGACCCGCAGCAAGAGCGUGUGCGAUGUGGCCGGGGAUGCGGUGCUGCCCGCCGCUGCAGGGAGCACCCGGUGCCCGGGGGUGGCCGUGCCCCCCGGCUCCAGCCCGGCGCUGCCCCCGCGGGUGCCCGGCAGCCUCCCCGCACACGAGCGUCCCGCAGCCCUCGCCCAGCACGCCGCGGUGUGCCAUGUGCCGCCGCCACCGCCCAGGGAUCCCUGUCCCCCUUAUCCGGGCACGGCCGGGUGCCCCGCUGUGCACUGCACUCCCGAGCCCUGCCCGCUGCCCCUCGCCUGCGCCCGGCUCCGUGGGAACCGCGGGGGCAGCCGUGGGACCCCCCCGCGCCCGGCCUCCGUGCCCUGCGGGCAGCCCCGGCCGCCAUCCCAGCCGCGGGGGCUCGGCCGGAGCGGCUCGGAGCGGAUCCUGCCCCACGGGCGCCCGCCGGCCCAGCCCUCGCCGCACCCCCCGCACACCGACAGCCACGGCCUCCGCCAGCCAGCUCAGGGCAACCCCCCGCGGGACCCCCCACCACCCCAGCACCAGCUCUGCCGCACGGCCUGGGGGGGGCCCUGCUGCACCUCGCCAGCCCCCAUCCCACCAGCGCCGGGCUGGCACGGCUCUGCCGCUGCGCCAGAGAAGACACCAGCUGCGCUCGGCCACCUGGACCCCCGUGCCAUCUGCAGCCGGCUACCCACCACCCAGCCGGGGCAUGGCCAGGCAGGACCAGAGGGACCCAAAAUGCUGCAGCCCCCGGCCCCACAGGGCCCCGGCGUGGGGACGCAGCCAGCCGGGCAGGCACAGGAGAUCCCCCAGCACGGGCAGCCCUGCCUCACCGUCGAGCAGUCGGAGACACUGCGCCACGUCCAGGACCUUCUGCAGCUGGUGGUGGUGGCCAAGGGGCCAUUAGGACCACCAGCAGGGGACGAGGAUGCCCGGACAUCUCAGGGAGAGGGCCACAGGGGGCCCGGGCAGCGGGGGGACCUGCAGUCCCAGCUGCAGUCCCUGGAAGGGGUGCUGGAGACCAGCCAACAAACCAUCCGGGUGCUGCUGGACGUCAUCCAGGACCUGGAGAAGAAGGAGGCCCAGCGGGAUGGGCGACACUCGUACCGGACGGGGCAGGACAUCGCCAACUGCGGGACCUGCCGGGACUGCGCCUGCAUCAUCUACAGCGUGGAGCACGAUUUCCGGCAGCAGGAGGGUCGCUUCCAGCGGGUGCUGAGCCACAUCGAGGGUGACACAGCCCCGAGCUCCCCCAUGGCAGAGGCUGCCCUGCCACCCCGGCAGGAGCUGUCGCCGGUGACAAAGCUGCCUGGGAAGCUGGACACAAAGAAAUCCCGGCGCAAAUGCUUCUGGUUCCUGUGACCAGCAGUGCCCAGCAGGCCAGGAGCACGGGGUCACCAUCCCAGCACUGACCACGUCUCCUUCCUCCUCUCCCUCCCUCUGAUGGUAGGGUUUGGGUAGCACCAGCUUUUAUAUUUUUAACCGUUCGGUUUAAUCUGUCAAAGCCCCCCGUGUACGUACGGAGAGGGGAACAGUGGCUGUAUUUAAUGAGAAUUCAAUAAAUUCUAU